AGGAGGCGCCACGCGGACGCUUGUCAAGUGCUGGGUUUCCAAGAAAACGAAGCGGCGGCCGUCCUCUGCUAGUAAAUGGUGUAUUUUCCGAAAGAACCAAAAAGCUUCCAGCCCCUGCAAGGAUUGCUGCCACGUCAGCUGCUAACAGCGCAGGUCCCAGUUUGACGCAAGACGAAUGUGAGAGUGGGCUUUCCAGAGACCCUCUUUUUGCUACAGAGGAGGUGUCCUCGUUAUUACUUUCCUGCAUUGAAGGUGAGAAGCAGGGCAUGACGGAUGGAGAGGAAAACAGGAGCACCACUCAGACAUCUUCUACUCAUGAAAGUGCUGACAGCCCGUUUUCCCCUUCACCGACAUUUGCCCUCCUUCGAAGCCAAGAAGCCUGCAAUGAAACGCCGACACCUCCUCUGGAUAGGCCGACCCCCAAAAGACGAAAAACUGCUGAGGACAACAGCCUUGUGCAGAUUUUAAACUGCGCCACGCAAAACAUGCAGAAUGGAGCAAGAUGCACAAGGCCCCACCUCGAUGCCGAAGACGACGUCACCAUGUUUCUGCUCAGCAUGAGGGAAAUACUCAAAUCCUUCGAUUUGAAGCAAAGGAUGAUAGCACAAAUGCGCAUGCAAGAAGUACUGUUCAGUAUGCGGUUCAACGAGUAAAAUAAUUUAUUCUGUUCA